AUGGAGCUCGACAAGCAGGACGAAAAGACUUUGCCGGAUGACUUAGAAGCCAAGAAUGGAGAGCUCAUCAUUCCGGCUCCAGGUCGCACUCUUUUGCCAAAUCCGAUAGCACAGGCAGUUAGUCUAGCAACCCGAUCCACCGGCUUCGCUCUCAAGGUCGGUACUGCCAUCGGAGGUUUCGGAUUCGGCGCCGCGAAAGUCACGACUCUGUCCAGUCUCGAGGUCGGCCGAAGCAUACUCGAGGGUAUUAUAAGCCGCGCAGGCAGAGAUGUAAUUGCGAGGUCGAACUCAGACUUGGCCAGGCAGGAUGCAGAGACUGUCUUGGAACGCAGUUUGGAGAACCUCCACUAUACCAUGACCCAGGUCGUCUUCUGGACCUCGACCGGUUUCCGACUGACCGAAGAUGCGCUGUACCAUAUCACCGACAUGUCACGGCUGACCUUGAACUUCCUCGACUCGUUCCUCGGCUCCACCGAGUCCUCGAGAGCUAUUGCGAGCAUUAUCACCCUGAUACGCCGCGAGUUCAACAACCCCGCCACUGGUCAGCCGGGGGAGAAGGUUGGUGUCGUCGAUCUGCUCUUGGGUCUGACUGGAUUGGCACUUAUACAAGGUUGGGCUUGGAGACUCAUCGAGGAGGAGAACCGUCGACUCGGCGUUGAAGAGGUCAUCUGGGAUGUUGUUGUCUUGAGCGACGGUCAAAGAGUUGAUGUUCAUGAAGACAGUCUGUACGGUGUUCAUAGCGGAGCCUAUCAGUCCGAGGACGGCAUGCACAGCUCAGUCACCUCGAGCAACGUGGUUGGGAUGAUACAACGCCACGGUAUCAUCGAUGACCCGGAAGACGACGAUGGACUGCCCGAGAUUCGACUGAAGCGUCAGCUUAUGCAGACACUCCCAGCCGACGCAAAGGUCUCCAUAUCGACUGAGACUUCUAUCACCAAAACUAUCACCGUUGAUGUCGCAGGGACCCAGCCACGGCGUCUACUUCCUCCACCCGGAGUAGAGCUUGUAGAGCAGACUGAACUUAAAUCGCCAGAUCAACGACCCGGUCAAGCCUCCUCAGCUCUAGGCACGGAUGCAACCCCCCUCCCGGUAUAUCGGGUCGUCUAUCGCAUCAACAAGAACAGUCUAAGGAGUACUGAUGUUGAACGGGGCCCUGAGGACCAAGAUGUCCCUCGAUUUGUCGAGCAAAUCGAUGACACUGAUGAAGACACAGCCGUUGAUGCUGAUGUGGCGGUUCUGGACGAUGACUUGGAAGAGCUUCCUCCCCCUCUCCCACCCAAAGAACUCAGCAAACCAAAAGCGACCACGAUUGCCUCUUUCGUCCCCAUCGUCAUCAAGCAGUAUCGAUAG